UGCCUGUGUGCAGAGUCCAACGUCUCCACUGGCUCAUCUUUAGGAGAAGAUUGUUAAAGUCUUUAGCUCCAAGUUCAGCUCAGAAACAGGUACUUCGGGAUCAUGCCCUCGGGGAAGAAAGUCAAGCUCAUCCUAUAUGAGGUGCUGCAGUUUGCAGCUCUUAUUAUACCCGUCUUUGUAAUUAUGGAGAGAUUUGCCAGCCUUAUACAUGAUGUGAAAGGACGGGAUCGAACGGCUUACUGGCUCGUUGUUGCGGCUUCUAUUGCCUAUGUGACCUCUGUGACUUUGCUGGUGUGGGCUCCAGUCAGAUAUCUGACCAUUAAGCAGCGGGGGUUCAUCAGAGAGGUCACACAGUGGAGACCAACAGCGCUGGCCUAUCUCAUCCUGUGCACAUUACCGUGCUUUGCUAUUCUAAUAGCCAGCUCCAAGGUGCAGGUGGACAGUGGACAGUUACUGGACAGUUUCACUGAGUUGCCUGUUUCCUUGGUGCUUUUCUUCCUCAUCUGGUUGGAUAUCAUAGAGAGGAUCCGACCCUGCAAACUGAUGGGAAAAUCAGACAGCUUAGAUCCAGACCUUGUUGCAUCAGGCCCCGUCCUCACCCACAUGGAACAUGUGACCACUGUAUCAGGCCAGCCGCACCCUGAAGAAGGCCAGAACGGUUUGACCCAUGACCAACCAGAGGUCCGAAAAGGCACGACCUCAGGCAGUUGGCAGGAUGUUGCCAACUCACAGCCCAGCACACGAGCUUCCAGCACUAUGUACUUGUACUCCUCAUUCUCACGUCCCCGGUCAUACUCGGGUCGCCUGAGCUUCCUGUGGAAAAGGGAUGGAAGGUCAGAAAUAUUUGUGGAUAGUUUCCUCUUCUGGUUUGACACUGUGGAGAUGGUGAGAGUGGCAGGAGUGCCAUCAGUCUUCUACUCAGCCUGGGUGUUCCCCGUGUACAUCCUCGCCUUCCUGUCUACUCUCCGUAUGAUCAUCACACCUCACAACCCCUUGUUGUCUUCUGCUGGAUUUGCUCUGCAGGACUUACCUUUCUUUAUCAUUCGGGUUGCUCUGAUUGCUGUGUUUGGCUUUGUAACACCUGUCUUGUACCCGCUGAAAAAUGCCCUGGUAAGCCUGGCUUUUAUCUAUUUCACAUUUCUGACCAAGCUGAAAUGUUUUAGACAUCAGAGCAUGUUUUGAGGAGGAGUGGCACAUUCUGUUGUUGAUGAAAGAGCCACUUGGACUGGGAGUAGUUCAACAGUUGGUGUUCAUGUGUGGAGAGCAGCACCAAAGCAACCAGAUGCUGGUACUGAUGAUGAUGGACAGCAUGUUUGAAUUUCACUGGCGAAUCAAAUCAAACUGUAAACAUUAUUCUGAAUUUUGUUUCAAAA